AUGCCCGAACCGACUUACCCCAAAAUGGCCUAUUGGAUUGAGUGGUUUGUGGGAACCGCCUCCAACGUGGGCUUCCCUCCGACCACAGUGCUCAACGAGGCCACGGGCUUGGAGUUGACCACUCUGGAAUGGUCCAAGAAAUUGGCGACUGCGGCGACCACAGUUUUCAAGCGAGAUGUGGAUUACGUGCGAGAAUACAUGGUCUCCAACAUCAAGGCGUACCUGACGAGCGAGGGAGCUGCGUCGACCGACUCAUCGUCUGCCGCACUAAUCUCCGAUAUCUCCGAAACCAAGGAACUGCCGGGUAACUGA